AUUAUUCUGCCUUCUGUCCCUUCCGCUCAGACACCUCGACCGCCCAAGCACCUUCAAUACAAUUUUCGAGUCAUCCACUAGACCAAGCAGAAACACUGCUUCCUAACAACUCGAGAUGCCAAAGGUGAAACGCGAACGGUUUGUCUGCGCGCCGGACGACGAGGUUGCGCAAGCCAUGGGUUUUGCCAGCCACGCCAAGGUGCCGCUUCACGCGUUGUGGAGGCCAUUUGGGCGCACUGGAGCUCAGGCGAACGUGAGCAAGACUGCAUCCAACGUGACCGGCAAUGCCAAUUGCUUUCCUCGACUGACCGACGCCGAUCUGAAACCCGGAUUUGACCUGUACGAAGAUCCCGAGCACCCGCCUCAAACAUUGAAAGAGUUCAAGACAGACAGUGAUCGCCGCGAUGUCGGUCCCAAAGCAAACACCAUCUAUGUCGUCGGCGUAGGCGAGGCAGAGUCGUCGGUGCCCGUCGCCGCCAUCGCACAGUACGUCGAGGCUUUCUACCAUGGCAUCAAAGUGACUGUGCUGCCAAUGCUGCCGCUGCGAUCAUGGAACGACGUCGAAGAUGAGCCAAAGCGCAAAGCCACGACCAAAGGCAAGGGCAAGUCGGGCUCCUUGAGCCCGCUCGGCGUGGAGGUCAGCGGCUCGCUGGUUCGCGUGCGAGCUCGUGCCAGCCCUGACGGCGUGGGAGUGCGCCAAGUCAAUCUCAACGACAUGAUUGACGGCUUGCUGGCUCGGAUGGAGACGCUCAAGAACGCGUACGCCAUUCUGGGCGUCACUUCGGAAGACUUGUUCGAAGGCAACGACGACCUGUUCACCAUGGGCCGGUCGUACGGUGGCAGUGGCGUGGCACUGAUUAGUUUGGCGCGCGACAACCCCGCGCUGGACGAUGUGGCGGGCGACCCUGCUGCUCGAGAAUGGAGUUUUGCUGGGCCUGUCUCGAACACACCUUCUGCUACCAGUAGUCCAGCUUCGAACACGAACAGCAUCUGGCUCUACCGUGCGUGCUGCACAGCCGUUCACGAACUGGGCCACUGCCUGGGCAUGGACCAUUGCAUAUACUUUCAUUGCUUCAUGCAAGGAUCCGCGUCGUUGCUGGAGGCACGCUCUCAGCCGCCUUAUCCAUGUCCGCUCGAGCUGGUCAAGAUGAGCGCGGCACUCAAAUGGGCACCCGAGCAUCUGCGGCAGAGGGAAGAAGCCCUGCGUGCGGUGCUUGCAUCGCUGUCAUUUUCCCGCGCACCAGGCGCAAUCUCCCAUCUGGCCUGGCUCACGGCUCGGCGCCAAGAGCAAGAAGCGAAAGAGAAGGAAGUUGUCGAACUUGUUUGAGUUGCACAGCCAACGUCCUACCACGCUUGCCCUUGCCGCUCUGACUGCAUGUGUAUGUGUGCUGACUGAAUGCUGGGUCAUUGAUAAUGUAUCUCCUCAUGUGCAUCGCUUUUGUCCAAAUCCACAGUGUCGGUGCAUUCCGACCAAAAUCGCAA